AUGCUGCCCAGUGCGCUGUACUGGGACCUGGUGGGCUCCUCGGCGCUCCUCAACCUGCCGGCGGCGCCGGGCUUCGGCAGCCUGGGCAAAAGUUUCCUCAUCGAGAACUUGCUGCGGGCCGGCGCACCGCAGAGCCCUGCCCAGCUCCGUCCCCUCCCCGCCAGCCCCGUCCCCCUCAAGCUGUGCCCCGCGGCGGAACAAAUCAGCCCCUCGGGGGGUCCCUAUCCGACCAGAUGGGCUUUCCAAGUGCUUAACCCCUCGGCGGCGGACGGCGGCCGCCUACCAGCGCGGGCUCCGGCGGCGGACAGAGGCGGCGUCUUCCCGCCGGCGGCCACAGCUCUUUCCAAACACUUUUUUCUCCGAGCCCCGCCAUUCUACUCAGCAUGCUGCGGUGGGUCCUGUCAGCACCCUGCAUCCCCCACUGCUUUUCCAAGAGAGGAAAGUGUCCUGCCUCUUCUGACCCAGGAGUCUAACUCCAAAGCCCGGAGAGGUAUAUUAAGAAGAGCUGUCUUUUCUGAAGACCAGAGGAAGGCUUUGGAGAAAAUGUUUCAGAAGCAGAAGUAUAUCAGUAAAACAGACAGGAAGAAACUGGCCAUUAACCUGGGCCUAAAGGAGUCUCAGGUAAAAAUUUGGUUUCAGAAUCGAAGGAUGAAGUGGCGAAACUCCAAAGAAAAGGAAGUGCUUUCAAACAGGUGCCUCCAAGAAGGUCUUCAGGAAAACUACCUCUCACAGUCCGCCAUGAAUUUUGCCUCCCCAUGUCCCUCUGUGUGGGAAGUGUCACAGGAGCAGACAAGUCCAAGGUGGAGGGAGAAGUCUCCAGGAAACUCUGAAAGACUGGCUAGUAUACAGCCACCUCCAAGUGCAAACUCAUCACAGAGCCCGUUGUAUUUGUAUCCUGACCAUGACACUGCAAAUAAGGCAGUUACAUCAUCAACCUAAGAAAGUAGGGCCAGUUUGUAAAUUGA